AUGGAGUUUAAAAAGCUGUUUCUAAGUUUCAGUUUAGUUUUGCUCUUUUCAUGUGCAGCAAGAGGCACGACAGCGAAAUAUUACACCUAUGAGGAGGACGCGCCAGGAACUUUCAUAGGAAAUCUGUCCAUGGACCUGAAGACCGAGUUACCCGAGGACCCGCAGACGAGCUUCCGAUUCAUGCAAGAGGGGAACACAUCACUGAUUCGGAUGCGAAAACACGACGGCCUGAUCACUGUGGGGGGUCGCAUCGACCGAGAAAGUCUCUGCGGGUCGUCCAUGCAGUGCGUGAUCACUACAGACGUGGUGGUUUACUCCAAGGAAAAGUUCCACCUGAUCCACGUGGAGAUCCACGUCAGAGACAUGAACGACCACGCACCUGUGUUUCCACAAGAAAAGAUGCAACUUGAGAUCGUGGAGAAUGCAGCCCUGGGUACCCGCUUUCCCUUGGAGGUUGCCAGUGACCUGGACGUGGGUAACAAUUACAUCCAAAGUUAUCAGCUCAUUAACAGUACAUAUUUUGGUGUAGAGGUGGGAACUGGAGAAGAUGGCAAGAAGUUUGCUCAGCUUGUUCUUGUGAAGGAGCUUGACAGGGAGGUCCAGGAGUUCCUGACACUGGAAGUCAUCGCAAGUGAUGGUGGAAGUCCUGCAAAGUCUGGAUCUCUGACCAUUCAAGUUAAAGUUUUGGACUCUAACGACAACAGUCCCCAGUUUGAAAGUGAUAAGCUCAGAGUCGAGCUCUAUGAAGAUGCACCAGUUGGUGUCCUCCUACUCAGAGUUCAAGCCUUCGACCCGGAUCAUGGUGAGAAUGGUGAUGUCAGAUAUGAUUUUGCAGAUGGUGUAUCCAGUGAGAUCCGAAACACUUUUAUUAUUGAUUCCAUUAGUGGAGCGGUGAUCCUGAAUUCCACUAUAGAUUAUGAGUCGAGAAAAUCCUAUGAGCUGCACAUACAGGCGUAUGAUCUGGGUGCCAACUCAGUUCCUUCUACCUGCAUGGUCACUGUUGAUGUUGUUGAUGUGAAUGACAAUGCACCAGAAGUCACGAUCAAGCCGAUGACCUCCAGGAGCGGAGACAUGGCCUACAUCACGGAGGCGGCGGCGGUGGAAAGUUUUGUUGCUCUUAUUAGCACCACUGACAAAGAUUCAGGUGCGAAUGGUUAUGUGCAGGUGAGUCUGCAUGGACACGAGCAUUUCAAACUCCAGCAGGCUUAUGGUGACACCAUGAUGAUUGUCACCACAUCAGCUUUGGACAGAGAAAAGAUUUCUGAGUACAACCUUACUGUGAUAGCUGAGGAUCUCGGCUCACCACCAUUUAAAACUUUUACCCAGUACACAAUCAGAGUGAGCGACGAGAAUGACAAUGCCCCGUCCUUCAGCAAACCUAUCUAUGAAGUUUCAGUGAUGGAAAACAAACCACCAGGACUCUACGUCGCUUCUCUGGUUGCUCGUGAUCCUGACGAAGCGGCCAAUGCUAAAGUGACAUACAAGCUUCUUGAAAAUGAAAUAGAUGGGGUCCCACUGAGUUCUUUUUUUACAAUGGACCCCGCUUCUGGGACUCUCUAUACAGUAAGGUCUCUGGACCAUGAGUCGGUACAGCAGAUCGAAGUAGUCAUCCAAGCCACAGAUGGUGGCUUCCCGUCGCUUUCAAGCACAGCUCAGGUCAAGAUUAGAGUCGUGGAUGAGAAUGACAACACACCUUUCUUCACUCAUCCCAUUCUCAUCAAUGGCACAGCAGACGUGACUUUGCCAUGCAAUGCUCCAGCGGGUUAUGUGGCCCUGAGACUUGAAGGCAGUGAUGCAGAUGAGGGAACAAAUACCGAGCUGUCCUACACUAUUCUAGAGGACAAAAUGCACCUGUUCGUUGUGAACGAAAACUCAGGUGAGAUGACCCUUAAGCGUGGUCUGGCGCUCGAGCUCGGAGAGACGCUGGAGGUCAAAGUGGCGGUAAGCGACCAUGGACGAAUGCCCCUUGUCCACACAGCCACAAUCCGCUUUGUGAUUUGGAAUGCAAUUCCCUUGGAUGAUCAAGUGCUAGUCCUUCUUGAAUCAAUUAAAGAAGAGAACGAACACACCUUUGAUGCUUCUUUUAUCAUCAUUGGGCUUCUCGCUGCUGCAUGUGCUGUGUUGCUGAUUGCCAUUGUGGCAGUCGCUGUUUCAUACAGAAAGCACCAAAGAAAUGGAAGGUCUAUCACCAAAAUGGCUGGAGGGAACUUCAGAAAGACUUCAUUUCCAUCACACAGCAUCGACUCUUCAGAUUCCAGCAGCAUCUCUGGAGGUAGUGCCACUGUCACGGAGCAGAUUUCAUCUACCAGGGAUGAGUCUUCUUUCUCAGAUGAAGAGAUGCCAAGUAGAGACUCAGACAGUAAGGUGUUUCGACCUCUGCUCAAUAAGACAAGUUUUGAGCCUGGUUCCAUUUGGCAAGGAGACAGAUACACACUUCAGACAAGUGAACUAGGAUCCUCUGAUCGGUCAAGCAUCAAGGACAGUGGAAAAGGAGACAGCGACUUCAAUGACAGUGACUCUGACAUAUGCGGACAAGCCAGCCGAAGAAUUCCCACCAUCAGCCACCAGCAUGCUAACAGUUCCUUAUACCCUGGAUUAACAGAUGGAGCAUGCAGAACAAGAGAAAUCCCAGUACACACUACCAGCACUCACAUAGGCAACGGUAGGUACACUGUAGCCUACCGGACGCCAGCCUACGGCCACCAUCACCCUGCCAUCAACCAAGCUCCUUCCAUGAGGGAUUACAGUUAUAAUACGGUCCUCCUGCGAGCACCCGGUUACCCUCAACCACCCAUGUUCCACAAAAUGGGGACCCUACCCCCUAAUUACUAUCAGCAUAGCGCACAUGGUCAGCUACACAAACAAACUGUUCCUAACAGAGAACCGAUUCCAGACGUAAUCGCCACACCUGUUGCAUCUUUCUAA